AUCUCACUUGGCUCCGGGCUAAGCGAGGACUCUUGAGUGGUAUCAGGGGGUGGGCAGUUUUGACAGUAACCCAAGCCAGUACAAACAGACCAAAUAUCCACAGCUACUCUUCAGUCAGAGAGUGAAUGAGCAUCUGGUUGUACACUGAUUUUGAAUUGGCAGAGAUAUCCAGAAAAGCGCCUUUUUUGUUUAGUCUGAAGUUAUUAAAAGUCUGGGAUGAACUUUGCUCUGGGCUUUAAAGCAGCGAUGGGAGAUGCCAGCUCAGUGGUGAACCUAGAGAAGCAGCUCAUUUGUCCCAUAUGUCUGGAGAUAUUCAGCAAACCUGUCAUCAUUUUACCCUGUCAGCACAAUCUCUGCAGGAAGUGUGCCAAUGAUGUUUAUCAGGCCUCCAACCCUCUUUGGCAAGACCGUGGAUCUACAACUGUGUCCUCAGGAGGUCGUUUCCGCUGCCCAUCAUGCCGUCAUGAGGUGGUUUUAGACCGGCAUGGUGUAUAUGGCCUACAGAGGAAUCUUCUUGUGGAGAAUAUCAUUGAUAUCUACAAAUCAGAGACCAGCAGGCCGCUCCCGCCCAAAACAGAGCAACAACAGUUGAUGUGUGACCAGCAUGAAGAGGAGAAGAUCAACGUCUACUGCCUUACCUGUGAGAUGCCCACCUGCUCCAUGUGUAAGGUGUUUGGAGGUCACAAGGACUGUGAGGUGGCCCCGCUGCAGGUCAUCUAUAAGAGACAGAAGACAGAGCUAAGUGAUGCAAUAGCCAUCUUAGUGGCCGGAAAUGACAGAGUACAAGCGCUGAUCUCACAGAUGGAGGAUAUUUGUAGGAACGUUAAGGAUAAUAGUCGGCAGCAGAUGCAGCAUAUCUCUGAUAAAUUUGAUGAACUUUAUGCCAUCCUGGAAGAGCGUAAAAGGGAUCUAAUGGAGCGUAUCUGCAAUGAGCAAGACCAAAAACUGGGUCACGUACGCGGUCUCAUCCGUCGCCACGGAGACCAUUUGGAGAUGUCCGUUAAACUGGUGGAGACAGCCAUCCAGUCCAUGGAGGAACCUCAGAUGGCUGUGUUCCUACAGAGUGCGAAGGAAGUGUUCAAAAAAAUCACAGACACUGCCAAGGCCUCCAACAUUGAGCGGACGGAGGCCGGCUAUGAGAGCAUGGCCCACUUCACCGUCCAUACAGAGGAUGUGGCCGACGUGCUGAGAGCCAUCGACUUCCAAACAGGUGAAGAUUUGAAAGACAGUGCAGAUGAAGUCCUUAAAGACCUGACCACCUCGACCGCUCAUCAGAGUGGUGAAUCAGGGAGACCCUAACUUAUACUAACUGAGGGUAUUUCCAGUGCUGAUGAAAGAAAUCGUCUUCUGUAAUCUCUUGGACAUCACUAUGACAUCUGUAUGCCGAUAUAUUGAAUUUUAACACCUCAAAUUGAUCACUGAAAAAAAUUAUUCAUUGAAUUUAAUCAAUUUAUUUAAGCUACAUUUAAACAAAAGUUUUAUAUUUUAUUUUACUUUACUAAUCUUUUUUGUUUAAAUGUAGCUUAAAUAAAUUGAUUGCAACCACUUAGGUACCUUAAAAAAAUUAUUAAAUUUAAUGAAUCAUUUUUUUCAGUGUAGUUUAUAUUAUAUUAUAUUACCUACAAUGUAUUGAGUCUCUAUCUACAUAUUUAAUGUGUAUUAGAACAUAAAUACCAAAAACUGCUGUAUAUCUGUAUCUGUUUUGUCUAAAAUGUUUUGUAAACAAUCUGUGCAUGAAUAGAUGUUAGUCAGAAUGUUUGGGUUUUUUAAGGUUUCGAAAUACAGAGAAUUCUGUAUUUAUUUACAAAUAAACAUUUUAUUUUUGUUUUACUUAAAAAAAUAAAGAUUUGUAAUUAUU